AUGUUGAAGAAAUCUAAAAAACAUUGGCCAAAAAGUCGGAUGGAGCAUCAUAAAUAUAAGGGAAGAACCGAAUUCAUGAGAUCAGCAGCCUCACCUUUCUCUCAGACGUCUGGAGGAAAUAAUUGUUAUUUGAAUGGUUUUCACAUUCACGGGAUCGGAGAAGAUACACGAACUUCUAUGAUUUUCGAGAUAUGA